AUAGAAGAAUCAGGAACGUGAGAAGCGGCUGAUAUUGGGUUAGAGUUAGAGAGAGUAGUUGUUCUUAUUUCUUCCGAUAUCGUUAUCGUCUUCUUCUUCCAACCAAUCUUCUCUUAGGGUUUCUACUCUCCUCUUAGGGUUUUUACUGUUCGCCAUAACAUUCGUAGAUCGCACAAUUUUCCCUUUCCAAGGUGUGUUUUGUUUGUGUUCUAUAUGGUUGGUGAUAAAUGCUAAUGGUUGGAAUGUCGAACAAUUUGGUUUCGGAGCCAAUUACCAGCAAGCAGAUGGCUCAACUGGAGCCGAUUAUGAACAGAGUUGAUUCGUCGGGUAGACAGAUGGAAAUGGGACUAUUGCGUCCUGUGUCCAGUGAUUCCAUGUCACAGCAUCGGGGAACCUCAAAUGGUGAACCGAUGUCUUUAGGCUUACCACUUUCUAACCGGCAGAAUGGCCGUGUAGAAGUGCAGGAUGGUAAUAUGGGAAUGCAUCGGCUUCUUCUGCCGAACAAACAAUCCAUGCAAAUGGGGAUGAUGUCAAAUCAUUUGGGGCCACAUCAAUUGUCAGCCGCUCAUAAGCGGAAAGCAGCAACAGAACUGUCUUCCGGUAAGAGGGGGGCACCAAUAGGACCCAGGCCUUGGGUGCAGCAAGGAUCCAACAAAGGUUCUCCACAGAUGCAAUCCCCAUCAAAUGCUUCUAGGAUGCAGCAUUCGGCAGCAUCUAGUAAGAGAAAAGCACAAAUGGAUUCCACCAACAAAUCUGGGACUCCUCGGUCGUCAAAUUCUAAAAGUCAGAAUGCACAGAUGAAAGGAUCCUCCAAGGUUCAAACUGAAUCAUCUGAGAGUGUUAGGUCUAAGAUGAGAGAGUCAUUAGCUACUGCUCUGGCGUUGGUAUCCCAGCAAGAUAAACCUCCGGUCUUAAGUGAUAAUAAACCAAACCAUACUGCCAACAGCUCACAAUGUGCUGGUUCAGCAUCCGCAUCCGCUGACACUGCUCCGGAGCAAAGGCAGGAAAUUUGUCAAUCUGUUAAUUCCUCUUUUUCUGUGGCUGGUUCCGUUGACCAUGUGAUGGGAGAGCACAUGAAUAGUACAUCUGGUGAAGAUUUUUCUGAGAAACCCAAGUAUUAUGAAUCGGGAUUCCCAAAUGUGUCAAACAGUGAAGAUAUACUGAGUUCUGAUAAGCAAGAUUUCCAGUCUAGCUACAUUUUGACUACUGAUGAUGUUCCUUUCAGUGACAGUUUCUUUGUGAAAGAUGAACUUUUGCAGGGAAAUGGUCUGUCCUGGGUAUUAUCUGAUAUUGUGGACAUGGAAGAUCAAAGGGAAAGUCAAACUGUUAUAGAGAAGAAAUUGGAACCCGAGGAAGCAGGUGGAGUUUGUAGGGAAGUGGUCCCUUUACCUGAACUUUUAGCAUCAAGGAUAGAAGCAGAGCUCUUCAAACUGUUUGGAGGUGUGAAUAAGAAAUACAAAGAGAAGGGAAGGUCUCUUUUGUUCAACUUGAAAGAUCGCAAUAAUCCUGAACUCAGAGAAAGGGUUAUGUUUGGUAAAAUUGCUCCAGAACAAUUAUGUUCCAUGACUGCAGAAGAACUUGCUUCAAAGGAGCUUUCUGAGUGGCGGAUAGCCAAGGCCGAGGAGCUUGCUCAAAUGGUGGUUUUACCUGAUUCAGAUGUUGAUAUUAGACGCCUAGUCAGGAAAACACAUAAAGGUGAAUUUCAAGUAGAAGUUGAACAUGAAGACAAUGUUCCAGUGGCAGAGGUGUCUGGUGGUACCACAUCCAUUGCUCGAAGCCAAACAGUUAAAAAGGACGUGGAAGCCACUUCGUCUCCCAAACCUGAUGUAAGCAAAAGCAAUGUAAACAAUAUCAAUGAAAAAAGCAACUUACAGACGGAUAAUCAAUUUUCCAUUACCAUUUCUUCCAAUGAUGGGACUGAUCCAAUGCAAGGGCUUAUGACAGAUGAUGCAUUAAAGGACCCUGACUUUCUUCCACCAAUUGUAUCUCUUGAUGAAUUCAUGGAAUCCCUUGAUUCUGAGCCACCGUUUGAAAACUUACCUGUAGAGUCUGGAAAAGCACCUAUCUCAGACAAGGAUGUUUCUGGGGUUGGAUCUAAAUCCAAAUCUUCUGAUUUAACUCCAAGCGAUGUCAGUGCUAAUAAGUCAGAUAAGCUUCAAAACACACUUUUAAGCACAUAUGAUGAAGAGGAAAAAAAAGCUAAUGCAGAAUCAGGGUCCAUUUUGUCUGAUACAAAACACGGUGAAAGUCAAUCUGACAUGAAUCUGACUGAUGGUCAUACCAAGGAAAUGUCAAUCGAUGGCACAAAGUCAAUUUCCAGUGAUGCUAAGUUGAGAGCCAGUCAGUUGCACACAGAAGAGAAAUAUGGCAAGGAAAAUGCAUAUUCAAAAACUACAGCCCCCAUUAAGGGUGAGUGCUUCUGGGAGGGAAUGCUUCAGCCGAAUAUCUCAACCACUGAUUCAGUCAUAAGCAUCUUCAAAAGCGGUGAAAAAACUUCUGCCAAAGAUUGGCCUGGGUUUCUCGAAAUCAAGGGAAGGGUUCGACUGGAUGCAUUUGAAAAAUUUCUGCUACAGCUUCCACAGUCAAGAACUCGUGCCAUCAUGGUUUCACAUUUUGUUUCCAAAGGGUUGACACCUGAGGAGCAAUCAACUCUCCGCGAGGUGGCUGACUCGUACAUUGUGGACGAGAGAGUUGGAUUUGCGGAACCUGUGCCUGGAGUUGAACUUUACUUUUGCCCACCUCAUAAGAAUACAGUUGAAAUGCUCAGCAAGAUACUUCCAAAGGAACAAAUUGAGGCAGUUAAAUCUAUUGAUAAUGGUCUAAUUGGUUUUAUUGUAUGGAGAAAAACUAAUAUAACUUCUAUAUCUCCCACUGCGCAAUCACACCACAAACAUAGCUCUAAAAAACCGUACUUGAGUAGAAGACAGCAAGAAACUAACGUAAAUGCCAAUUCUACCCAUAAAGUAGCGCCCUCUACGGGCUUUAAGACCACCGAGAGUGCACUACCAGAUGAUGAUGAUGAGGAUGAUGUUCCUCCUGGAUUUGGGCCACCGGUAGCCCGGGUCGAGGAUGACCUCCCAGAGUUUAAUUUUUCGGGUAGUUCAAUUCCAUCAUCACAUUUGGUUCAAAAACCUAUGGGACCAACUAUGGUCCCAUCUCACUCGGUUAACCAAACACCAUCACGUCCUGCACAACAAAUGAGGGAACUUGUACACAAAUAUGGUCAAAACAAAACAAAUGUAUCUUCAGUAAACUGGCCGGACAAAUUUGGGGGAUCAAUUCAACCUUGGAAUGAUGAUGAUGAUGAUAUACCUGAAUGGCAACCUCAAUUGAGUCAGAAUCAGUUUCCUCCACAACAAACAAUGCAUAAUUUUCAUCUUAGACCUCACAUUGUGAAUCAAUCAUUUGCUGGUUUACCCCAGCAGCAAAUUAUGCCGACACAAUAUCUGCAAACCCCUAUGAAUGUGACGCAUGUCCAAAGAAAUUUUGGCCCUCAGUGGGGUGCUUCUAUUCAGGGUAACAAUAUACAACAAAACAGUGCACCACCCUAUGGAACACCUGCAUGGUCUCAACAUGUUUCUAGAAAUAGGGGACUUUAGUUUCUUUCAUUUCAGUUCCUUUUAGUAUAAUUAUUAUUUUUUGAUCUCUUUUUUACGUCUGUAGCUAUGUAAACUUAUGAUAGUGUCAGGUUGUUUUCAUCUUUUUGUAACACCGUUACCUUGUAGAGGCAAUACUAGAUCGAGCGAAUGACUUCUCUUCUCUUCUCUUCUCCUCUCCUGUUUUAGUUUGUCACAGCAAGUGCAAGUGUUGCACUUGCGGUGAAUAAAUAUGAUGGCCGAUACAGUACUCGUUUAGUUUUAUUUUAACAUAGUUUUAAAUUUCUUCCGUA